UUGGCAUUUGACACUUUUCGUAUGUUAGCCAAUUGUAAUAAACAUUAGAUUAAAAAAAAAUCUUGUUUCUCUGAAUAUGACGAGUGUGUGAAAUCAGACGUUGUAGUUUUUUGAAAUUAUUUAUUUUAUUGACUAUUGUAUAUUGAAAGGAUGUGAAUAUGUGUUGAUAAUGUCUGAAGCAAUAGAAAUCGCUACACGUCAUAGACGAUGAUCCCUUUAGAAAGGGAUUAAUUUAAUUGUUUCAAGCCUUAUAUAAUGAUGCAAUCAAAUUCAAAAACUAAAGAAAUGUUUAUUAUACGAGCACUAGAAAAAAUUCUCAAUGAUAGGGAGAUUAAGAAGUCCCAUCAUUCACAGCUGAAGAGGGCCUGUGAAGUUGCUCUUGGUAAGAUAUUGCUACAUCUAUUUACAGUUCUUUUGAUGUUCACUCUUAAAUUUCGAUUUCAUGUUUUUUUAGAAGAAAUAAAAAAAGAACUUGAGAAUGACACCACUAUUGAAACUCAGACCUCUGAUGCUUUACCAAUACCCAAGAGUGGAGAGGCAAAUAUACUGACUACAGAAAAAUAUUUUCUUCCUUUUGAGUUGGCAUGCCAGAGUAAAUCUGCUAGGAUUGUAGUUACGGCAUUGGAUUGCUUGCAAAAGCUGAUAGCAUAUGGACACUUGACUGCCAAUGUUCCAGAUUCCACUACACCAGGAAAACUGUUGAUUGACAGAAUUGUGGAAACAAUUUGCGCCUGUUUCACCGGACCGCAAACAGAUGAAGGUGUCCAACUUCAAAUUAUCAAAGCUUUACUGACAGUGGUCACAAGCCAGCAUGUGGAAGUGCAUGAAGGAACUAUCUUAUUGGCAGUACGAACAUGCUACAAUAUAUUUUUGGCCAGUAAAAAUCUUGUCAAUCAAACAACAGCUAGAGCCACUCUAACCCAAAUGUUGAAUGUUAUUUUCACAAGGAUGGAAAACCAAGCUCUUGAAGCCGAGGUACAAUCCCAGUUGAAUCUCCAACAAGACAAUACCACAGGAAGAAAUUGUGAUAUAAAAAAAAAUAACUCAACUGAUAAACUUUGUAAUAGUGGGGAAAAUGGGAAUGUAGAAUGUCCAAAAAUUGAAAUUAAUUGUAGUGAAAGUGUGGAUAGUCCGGAGAGUCCAGAAGUAAUUGUUGCCGAAAUUUUAGAUGAUAUUAUCUGUAAUGCGAUUAAUGAAUUGAGUGAUAGUGUCUCAUCUAAGUCUGAGAAAACUGAAAGAGUUGUUGAACUUGUAAUUGAGAAUGUUGAACAGAAGGCAGAGGAGAAACCGAAUGGCUACACGUCUAGUGGCGAUUCAUCGGUUGAGCAACUUGAUACAGCUAGUUUACACUCAGUUAUCACAAGAAUACCAUCACAAGAAAGUGUGGACACCCAUAGUGAAAAUGACUCAAUGAGUACGGCAAAAUUCACCCAUAUUUUACAAAAAGAUGCGUUCUUAGUGUUCCGAGCGCUGUGUAAGCUGUCUAUGAAACCCCUACCCGAUGGCACUCCAGAUCCAAAGUCCCACGAAUUACGAUCUAAAAUCUUAUCUCUUCAACUAUUACUAUCCAUAUUGCAGAAUGCAGGACCUGUAUUUCGAUCCAAUGAAAUGUUUAUAACAGCAAUCAAACAAUACUUAUGUGUUGCAUUGUCCAAAAAUGGGGUCAGUUCGAUACCGAAAGUGUUCGAACUGUCUUUAACAAUAUUUUUAGCAUUGUUAUCCAACUUCAAGCUUCACUUGAAGAUGCAAAUUGAAGUGUUUUUCAAGGAAAUAUUCCUGAACAUUUUGGAGACUACAAAUUCAUCUUUUGAGCAUAAGUGGAUGGUUAUUCAGGCCCUGACAAGAAUUUGCAGUGAUGCGCAAAGUGUUGUUGACAUAUACGUCAACUAUGACUGUGAUUUAUCUGCCGCCAAUUUGUUUGAGCGUCUGAUCAACGAUUUAUUCAAAGUUGCGCAAGGGAGGCAUACCAUUGAAUUGGGGGCUUCUCCUAACCAAGAAAAAGCGAUGAAGAUAAGAGGCUUGGAAUGCUUGGUGUCUAUUUUAAAGUGUAUGGUUGAAUGGAGCAAAGAUUUAUAUGUGAAUCCUAACCUUCAAUCAACGGUAGGAGAACAACCUCCAAAAGAGACUGACAAUUCCUCAUUGAAAUCUAGAAGUGGCUCUGUUAAUAGCUUACAUUCCCUAGACAGUUCUGGAGGAAAUAACGAGAUGUUAGAUUCCCCCGAACAGCUGGAAGUUGUCAAACAACAGAAAGAAGUUUGGGAGACGGGGAUCGAAAUGUUCAACAAAAAACCUAGAAAAGGCUUACAGUUCCUUCAGGAACAAGGUUUAUUGGGGACUGAACACGAAGAUGUGGCUAGGUUUCUGCUGAAUGAUGACCGUUUGGAUAAAACGCUCAUAGGGGAUUUCUUGGGAGAAAAUGAUGAUUUUUCGAAAGGUGCUAUGUACGCUUAUGUCGAUCAGUUGGAAUUCAGCAACAUGGAUUUCGUUGCCGCUCUGAGACACUUCCUGGAUGGUUUUAGAUUACCGGGAGAGGCUCAAAAGAUUGACAGGUUGAUGGAAAAAUUCGCGAGUCGUUAUUGCAGCUGCAAUCCGAACAACACCUACUUUUCCAGUGCAGAUACGGCAUACGUCCUGGGUUUUUCCAUAAUAAUGCUCACCACCGACCUCCAUUCGCCCCAAGUGAAGAACAAAAUGACCAAAGAGCAAUACAUCAAAUUGAACAGGGGGAGUACGGAGAGCAAGGACGUUCCGGAAGAAUAUCUGUCGCAGAUCUACGAUGAAAUAGCGGGACACGAAAUCAAGAUGAAGGCCACGAUCAAUAAGCCCGGAAAGCAACAGAUAAACAGCGAGAAGAGGAGGAAGAUAUUGUUCAAUAUGGAGAUGGAGGCGAUUUCGACCGCUGCUAAGAAUCUGAUGGAAUCCGUUUCUCAUGUUCAGACUCCGUUCACCUUGGCUAAACAUUUGGAACAUGUUCGGCCUAUGUUCAAGAUGGCGUGGACGUCGUUUUUGGCCGCAUUUAGUGUUGGCUUACAAGACUGCGACGAUCCGGAAGUGGCCAGCCUCUGCCUGGACGGCAUCCGUUGCGCCAUACGCAUCGCCUGCAUCUUCCACAUGUCCCUGGAGAGAGACGCCUACGUUCAAGCACUGGCCAGAUUCACCCUGCUGACCGCCAACUCGCCAAUCAUGGACAUGAAAGCGAAGAACAUCGACACCAUCAAGACCCUGAUAAUGGUGGCGCACACGGACGGCAAUUACCUGGGUAACAGCUGGUUGGACAUCCUCAAGUGCAUAUCACAGCUGGAACUGGCGCAGCUGAUAGGGACCGGGGUGCGACCGGAGUUUCUGUCCGGGCCUGCGCAUAAACCUCCGGAUCCGAGUUCGAAGGAACACAUCGGACAAACGAGCUCGCAGAGCGUCGUGGUCGCGGUCGAUAGAAUUUUCACAGGUUCCAUAAGAUUAGACGGAGACGCUAUAGUCGACUUCGUCAAAGCCCUGUGCCAAGUCUCCCUGGACGAAUUGGCGUAUCCCGGUCACCCGCGGAUGUUCUCCCUCCAGAAGAUCGUGGAAAUAUCCUAUUACAACAUGGGUAGGAUCCGUCUCCAGUGGUCCAGAAUUUGGCAGGUGCUGGGCGAGCACUUCAACGCAGUCGGAUGCAACCCCAGCGAAGAGAUCUGCUUUUUCGCCGUCGACAGUUUGCGGCAGCUGUCCAUGAAGUUUAUCGAGAAAGGGGAAUUCGCCAAUUUCCGCUUUCAGAAGGAUUUCCUCCGUCCCUUCGAACAUAUCAUGAAAAGAAACGUUUUCACGACUAUCAGAGAUAUGGUUGUCCGAUGCGUUGCUCAGAUGGUAAAUUCUCAGGCAAGUAACAUCAAAUCGGGUUGGAAGAACAUAUUCUCGGUUUUCCACCUGGCCGCCAGCGACCAAGAAGAGUCCAUCGUCGAAUUGGCAUUCCAGACGACCGGAAAAAUAAUCACGGAAUUGUACGUGAGGCAGUUCUCCUCCAUGAUUGAUUCUUUCCAAGAUGCAGUUAAAUGCUUGUCGGAGUUUGCCUGCAACGCCAGAUUUCCCGACACCAGCAUGGAGGCCAUCAGGCUGCUGAGACAGAGCGCUUGUCACAUCAGCGAGUCGCCCCAUUUGUUCGCGGAGUUUGGAGGUAUGGAAAACGACGUUACUGUUACCGAAGAAGAUAGGGUGUGGGUUAGAGGCUGGUUCCCGCUGUUGUUUUCCUUGUCGUGCGUUGUUAACAGAUGUAAGCUGGACGUUCGUACAAGAGCGCUGACCGUUUUAUUCGAGAUAAUCAAGACGUACGGCGAUUCCUUCUGCCCCCAUUGGUGGAGGGACCUCUUCAAAAUUCUGUUCAGGAUAUUUGACAAUAUGAAGUUGCCCGAACAACAUACGGAGAAGGCCGAGUGGAUGACUACCACUUGCAACCAUGCGUUAUAUGCGAUUGUGGACGUCUUCACUCAAUACUUUGACACGCUGGGACCGCUGCUGCUCGAAGAAUUGUACAUACAGUUGCAUUGGUGUGUUCAGCAGGAGAAUGAACAACUGGCGAAAUCGGGUACGAAUUGCUUGGAAAACCUGGUAAAUUCGAACGGUCACAAAUUCAACGACGACACUUGGGACAAAACGUGCCAGUGCAUGUUGGACAUAUUCAAUUCGACCCUGCCGUCCGCCUUGCUGACUUGGAAACCCGAUUCCAUAAAAACGACGGCGAUCAUCGAACAGAACGGCGACGCCGGCAUCAACAAAGGAAUACUGAAGCGGCCGAGUCUAGUCGACAUCCGAAACGCGGACGGCCUGCUACUGAACGGACUGAUGAUAAAAAGUGUCGUCCAGCUGGAGUUAAUCCAGACCAUCGACAACAUAGUGUUCUAUCCCGCCACUUCGAGGAAGGAAGACGCCGAGACUUUGGCUCUAGUAGCUGCAGAUAUGACGGGAAACACAUCGUUGACGGAGUGUCAACGGGAAGAGCAGGGAAUGUACAGGCUGUUGAGUUCGUCGCACCUCCUCCUGCUGACGGACUGUCUGCUCCAGUCCCAUCGUUUCGCCAAAACGUUCAACUUGAAUCACGAACAACGAAACCUGCUGUGGAAGGCGGGAUACAGGGGUUCCGUGAAACCGAACCUGCUGAAACAGGAAUCUCAGAGCUUGGCCUGUCUGCUCAGGAUACUGUUCAAGAUGUACUGCGACGAGAGCAGACAGGGCGAUUGGUCGGUGAUAGAGGGAAAAUUGAUCAGCGUGUGUCAGGAAGCUCUCGAGUAUUUUCUCAAGUUGCAGAGCGAGACUCACAGGGAGGAGUGGACGUCCUUGCUUCUGUUGGUGUUGACUAGGUUGUUGAAGAUGCCGGAUAAUAGGUUUGCCGUACACGUCUCCAAGUAUUAUCCUCUCCUAUGUGAAAUAGUCUGCUUCGAUCUCAAGGCAGAGCUGCGAUCCAUUUUAAGAAGGGUCUUUUUGAGGAUAGGACCCGUCUUUCACAUAACGAAGACAUAGUACAAAGUUUCCUUUCCCUCGGUUCGAAUGAUGAAAAUUUGAUCACUGGUAAGAAUGUGGUAUAAGUCAAUAAUCUAAAUGAUUUCGGUUUAAUUCUUCCUCAUCGUUUUUGUUGAUUAUGUACAUAUAAAAUAUUUGUUUUUUGUUGAUGCUAAUCAUAUUAUUUUAAAGAUAUGUCGAAACUAUUGCUUUAAAUCUUAUAUUGUUAUUAUAUUUGAUCAUCGAUUGUUUGUGGUUUUUCAAUGAUGUGCAAGGGAAGAAAACGAACAUGUAUAUUUAUUUAGAAUUGGUUUUAAAGAAUUCCUGGAAUGAAGAUAAUAAUAUGAACCUCGUAUCAGAAUUUUAGUAGACCAAAUAACAUACACCGAAUAAUAGUUUAGAGCGAGUAGAUUGAAGUAAAACACACAAUUUUGGCAUUGCAUUGCAAUUGAGCUUAACGUAGUCGUCCCAGAGUGAAAGGUCUUCUCCUUAAAUUUUAGAGGGAUAAUUAUCAUAUAGAAAAUCUUAUUGAUUAAUUAAAUUCGAAAAAUUAAGUAAAUUCAAAAAGUGUUGAAACGUCGAAAUUAAUUUUGGUUCUAAUCGGAAAUAUUUAUUUAUUUAUCAUCUUUGUAAAUAUAAAUUAGAAAUGAACCUUAUUUAUCGUUCAGAUUCCUUAUAACUAUGAAAAUGUCGUAGGGUGUUAGAUUCCAUCAAAAUAUGACCACUCAUUAGCCAGAAAAUGUAUAAAGUUCAAUCAUCGACGAGAUGAGACCAUUCAAAUGGACCAGUUCAGAAACCUAAGCACUCGAAAAAUUUUUACAAUUAAUACUUCAAAUUUUUUUAUGUGCUCCUUUGGUUGCUUGAAUCAUUUCAAAAUCCUUGGCAUUGUGCCAGCUGUCCUCGAAAAUACAAUAUAAAUUUUCCAUCACUUGGAAUUGAUAACCGUUACAAUUUCAGGAAUUUUUAAAUGAUUAAGGCAACUGAAAGGUAUAAAUAGCAUUAAAAAAAAUACUUUUCCAUUGCAGGAGUUUUUACGAGUAUUUAAAAUGUUGGCAAAUGUUUCUGAACAUGUCCAUUAAGAGGUUUGGUAGGUUUUAUGAUGAUAUUUAUAUUUACCACAGUGAAUGAAUAGUUUAACCAAUAUUAAUUUUAAUAAAUCAUUUUGAAGGAUUUUUUCUGGAAUCAUGGUAUCGAAAUUUUCUAUCACUAAACUCGUCCUGUUUAAAUAGGAUUUUCGAGCUUUAUACAGUAAUGAAAUGCAGGCUUUUUUGGUCUAUGAACCACCAUUCUUUUUUUCUAUCGAGAAACGAGUCAUUAGUAUUAAAAUACGGUAGUUUUUUCAAUAUGUCGAAUAGUAUGAAUGCGUAAUUUUAAAAAGGAAUGAUUUGUAUUAUAUUUUCGAUCCAAAUGAAACUUGGUAGAGAAUGUAAUGACCAAUAUGUUUCUUAUAUAAAUAAUGGGUAUUCUGAUGCUUUUUCCCACAAAUAAUUGACUAUUCAAUGCAGUAAAAAUAGGUAAUAUUCAAAUUUUUAAUAAGUUAACAUAUUCAAGUAUAGCUUUUAGUUCCUCAUAGAUGCGUAGAAUAAUUAUUAUCACAAGUUAGUAGUUCUCGAUUGUUUUUUGGAGGUGAAAAAUGUAUGUGUGUACAUAGAGUUUAUUCGUGAUCAUUCCAAACAUAAGUGAUAUAAAAACUAAAUAAUGAAAACAUGUUUUUUAUGAUGAAUGGAGAUGUAAUGUGCCUUAAUUUAUUGUAUAUCUACAUUGCAGUUACGCUCUGUGUGAAAUUUUAUUUUUUUCCCGUGCUAAUCAAUCACUUGUUAAUUUGAGAGUGCAAUAUAUCGCUUAGAGGUUUCGUGAGUGUUUUUUGAUUGUUCUCGGAUGAGAUUUGUCUUUAUUCGAUUUGAUACCAAUCGGAUGUUCAGAAUGUAUAGCUUGUCACAGUAAAAAAUCAUUUUGAUUGUAAUCUGAACUACUGUAUCAUUAUUGUUUUUGAUUAUAAAAUUUAUUGCAUUACAUUGAUUAUUAUUAAAUAUUUUAAUAAAACAGA